AUGGGGAGAAAAAAGCUCCUGUCCUCGGCCCUGACAGCUGAGGAGGAGGCUUUGAUGUGGACGUUUUCCUUAAAACAGGAAUCAGUGACCUUUGAGGAUGUGGCUCUGGACUUCACCCAGGAAGAAUGGGCCCUGCUGGACACAUUCCAGGAAAAGCUAUACAGAGAUGUGAUGCUGGAGAACAUCAGCCAUCUUGUGUUCAUGUCAGCUGCUCAGGAAGCAAUCCUGCAUGCAUCUGGAAGUGGCACACCUUCACUAUCUAAGGACUACUGCAUGUUAUAUAACCCUCAUUGGACAACUCUUCCAAGUACCCUAGAAAAUGCAACUUCUAUUAGUUUGAUGAAUCUGACUACCACACCAUUAUGCAACCUUUCUGAUAUUCCUCCUGCUGGCAUAAAGAACAAAGCAGUUGUGGUUCAGUGGGGAACCUGCCAUUUUCUUGAAAAAGCCAAAAUUGCACAGACAGGAGGUGCUGAAGCAUUGUUGGUUGCCAAUAACAGCAUCCUGUUUCCUCCCACAGGGAACAGAUCUGAAUUUUAUGAUGUGAAGAUAUUGAUUGCAUUUAUAAGCCACAGAGACUUUAAAGAUAUGAAGCAGACUCUUGGAAUUAACAUUACUGUGAAAAUGUAUUCCCCAUCAUGGCCUAGCUUUGACUAUACUAUGGUGGUUAUUUUUGUAAUUGCUGUGUUCACUGUGGCAUUAGGAGGAUACUGGAGUGGACUAAUUGAAUUGGAAAACUUGAAGGCAGUGACAAAUGCUGAAGAUAGAGAAAUGAGGAAAAAGAAGGAAGAAUAUUUAACUUUUAGUCCUCUUACAGUUGUGAUAUUUGUGGUCAUCUGCUGUGUUAUGAUGGUCUUACUUUAUUUCUUCUACAAAUGGUUGGUUUAUGUUAUGAUAGCAAUUUUCUGCAUAGCAUCAGCAAUGAGUCUGUACAACUGUCUUGCUGCACUAAUUCAUAAGAUACCAUGUGGAAAAUGCACGAUUGUGUGUCGUGGCAAAAGCAUUGAAGUGAGACUUAUUUUUCUCUCUGGACUAUGCAUAGCAAUAGCUGUUGUUUGGGCCGUGUUUCGAAAUGAAGAUAGGUGGGCUUGGAUAUUACAGGAUAUCUUGGGGAUUGCUUUCUGUCUGAAUUUAAUUAAAACACUGAAGUUACCGAACUUCAAGUCAUGUGUGAUACUUCUAGGCCUUCUGCUCCUCUAUGAUGUAUUUUUUGUUUUCAUAACACCAUUCAUCACAAAGAAUGGUGAGAGUAUCAUGGUUGAACUUGCAGCUGGACCUUUUGGAAAUAAUGAAAAGAAUGAUGGAAACUUGGUGGAAGCCACUGCUCAACCCUCAGCUCCCCAUGAGAAAUUACCAGUAGUCAUCAGGGUACCGAAGCUGAUCUAUUUCUCAGUAAUGAGUGUAUGCCUCGUGCCUGUUUCAAUAUUGGGUUUUGGAGACAUUAUUGUACCAGGUCUGCUGAUUGCAUACUGUAGAAGAUUUGAUGUGCAGUCUGGUUCUUCUAUAUACUAUGUUUCUUCCACAAUUGGUAAAUUUUUUAUUUUUCUUUUUAUUAUCUUGAAUUGUAUUGUCUGGAGGAAAAGGCAAAGGUCUAAAAAUAAGGAGUCCUGGAUGAUGGACCAACUGGACUAUGCAACAAACGAAGAAAACCCUGUGACUGCUGGUGAACAGAUUGUCCAACAAUAA